AUGCCAUUCCGGAUGUGGCCGCGGAGCUUGGUCAAAACAAGUCUAGCGCUCUGUGUGGCUUUCCAGACAGCUGCUGAGAGCCCCAGCACAGCACUGACGAACGUGCCCACUCCAGCUGCGAUGGUAAUGGGGCUCGCAAAAUGGGAUGUAUGCUUCUACGGUUCCUGCAUGGUGGUUUCCUCAUACUGCCUCAGUCUCAGUGCUAUUCAACCCCCCCACUGGAGCCCUAAUGGUACCCUCGCGAUGCUGAGUGGUCCAGCUAUACCAGCUAAUGCCAGCUGGACGCUACUCAGGAUCCAAAUGUGGACACUUCGGCAAGACGUAGCGGCGGGAGCAGCCCUCACCAUUGUCGAGCCUUGCAGUGUACUAUUCUUCUGA